AUGGUCGCAAGGCUCGCAACGCUAGCAGCUCUUUUUGCAGCCCUUUUGUUGGUAGCGCAUGCGGCUGCCUUCCGCACCACCAUAGCAACCGUGAACAUCGAUGAGGACAUCGAGAACCAGCAGGGGCGGCGAGGCGUGAGCUGCCGCGAGCAGUUUCAUCGCCUGCAGAAUCUCAACUGGUGCCAGCGGUUUAUGAGGCAGCAAAGCCAGUUCGGGAGGUACGAAGACGGCAACCAGCAGCAGCAGCAGGAUUUCCAGCAGUGCUGCCAACAGCUGUGGCAGAUGGACGAGCGGUGCCGAUGUGAGGGGUUGAGGCAGGCGGUGAUGCAGCAGCUGGGUCAGGUCCGGGGUGAGGAAAUGCAGGAGAUUAUGGAGAGUGCUAGGGAUUUGCCAAACCAAUGCCGCCUCGGCCCCCAGCGCUGUGAGAUUCGCUUCUCAUUGUUCUAGAGAGGAGGCCAUGCAUGUGCACGUACUCUCUCUCUCUCUCUA